UCCCUCUGUCUCUCUUUCUCUCGCUCAUCCACACAUCAAAUAAAGCGGCGCGCAUGCGUCGUUGAUGUUUUUUUUUUUUUUCUGUUUGAUAUUUUGGUGAUUGAUGCAUUCUUCUGCAUACUUUCUUUAUGUUGUUGUUUAAGUGUAUCUAUAUAAAUUUUUUUUUAUUUAUUUCGAGCGUGUUUCCAUUUAUAUCUAUAUUAUUUUUAUUUUUGCGCAAUUAAAACUUGUAUUUUUAUUCAACUCUGUUUUAGCUUGCACACUUGCAUUUACAUUUCUAAUUUCAUUUAUUUGCAAAGACACAACACACACACACAUCCACAACCACAACAAAAUAAUAUAUGUAAUGAAUUUAUAUACAUACAUAGCAAAGAAUAUGUAAUUGUGUUGUCGCAAGAGUCCUAAAUAUAACGGUAUAUAACGGUAUGCGGAUAUCUCAGUUGGAAUCAUUCGAGGAGGUGUGGACAGUAUUUCUAGAUGAGGAAUAACAACUAGAACUACAUACUUACAUAUAUAUAUAUAUAUAUACUAUAUAAGAACAAUUUCAAUCAAUUUUUAUAAACAUUGAGAACUGUUGAAAAGUCAUAUAAACACACACACACACACAUACACACUCACAUAUAAAUUGUUAAUGCAGCUUAUUAGUUUUGCAUAUUUCUACUAAAUUGUAUAUUACUUUAUUUUCCCAAAAACAAAAAUGAAGUCUUUUUUUUAAUAUAUAUAUAUGCAUAAAAAAUGAAAAAGGAAAUGAUAAAAAAAAAAGAAAAUCGAAAACAUCUAUAUUUUUAUCGUCUAAAACAUGUACUAUAAAAAAAGGAGCAGACGCUUUCUGUUAAAGUGAUUCGAUUCAUCAAAAACAACAAAAAAAAUUAAAAAAAAAAUGGAGAAAAAUCCAGCUUCGACUAUUUUUGUUUCAAAUUUUGCAAAGCAUUGAAAAAGGGUAUAUCGAUUUAUAUAUAAAUAAAUAUAUAUUAAUAUAUACAUUUAUGAAUGCUGUAUUUUCAUAGACAUGAUUUCGUAUUAAAUGUUUAAUCUAGAAAUACAGUCAAAACAAAAACAAAACAAAUGGCAAAUAAACGCAUAUAAGCAAAUCAUAAGCAAAAUGUACUUGAUGUCAGCUGUAGCAAAAAAAAAAAAAACAAAGAAUACAAAAAAAAAAAAGAAAACAUUUAAAAUAAAAUAAUAAAAAUGAAAGGAAAUGAGAACAACAACAAGAACAACAGGCAACAAAUGCAAAUUAACAAAUGUUUAGCUGCAUUAAAAAAAAAAUAAACGUAAGUCGUGCAACUGGCAACGGCAACUGCUGUAUCUAUAAUUGAGCAACACACUAUAUAAUUGAGGUGAAUGAGUUUGUGCGAAAAUCCGAGAUAAAACCCAAGCAAGAAAAAUGAGAAAAACAAUUUAAUAUUUACAGCAUGAUUCUUAAAAACUAAGUGUUUUUUUCUUAAAAGGAAAAAUAAUAAUAAUACAAAACAAAAAAAAAUGAAACAUUGUUAAUUAAAACAUCAGAUAUCAUUUAAAACAAAACAAAUAAAUUGAAAUAAAUUACGUUGCCGCUGUUGCUCUUGCUCUUGAAUUGCGCGCCACAAACAUCCAAGCGAAUGUCGAAUGCUAUCGAUAACAGGUGGCCACCUGGUGAAUACCUGGUGUAUGUCGAUAACCGAUAAGUGUAGCGCUUUGAAAGCGCAAUGCCGCCGCUGCUUUUGAAGAAGCUUUUGUUUUUUCCGUGUGCUGCUACCAAGCAACAACGAACGAGACGAAACAUUUUGUGACUGACAACGCACCGCAUCCCUUUUGUCCUUGCUGGCUGGUUGGCUGCUGCUGCUACUGCGUGGGAUGCUGCUAGUCCAGUAGCCAAGUGUAAACAAAUCGCACGCGCCUAAAAAUAACUGCUCUGGCCAAAUCUCGAAUUGUGACCACCAAAAAAGAAUAUUCAGUUGUUGACUUUCGAGCUCACCAAAAGCGAAAAAAAACUGUUGCAUACUUUUGCGCGCCAAAGUAAAUUCAACGUGAAUUUGGAUUUGGAUAUUUUUUUUUUUUUGUUCGGUGUUUGUUGUUUGUUUCAAUCUCUCUUUGUGCUUGGCUGUGAUUGUGAUUAAGAUUGAAACUGUGCUGUGACUUAGAAUGUACAUGUUAAUGCAAUAAUAAGACUAAGUUAUUCCAGGCAAUGCGGAGUGCAGGACACUUGUUGAAGCCAGCAUCACGAUGACGACCGCCAACAUUGACUACGACUAUCUGCUCAAGUUCCUGGUGCUCGGCGAUUCGGGCGUGGGCAAAACCUGUCUCCUCUAUCAGUACACCGAUGGCAGAUUUCACACGCAGUUCAUCUCAACGGUGGGCAUUGACUUUCGCGAGAAGCGAUUGGUGUACAGCUCUCGUGGACGUCGCCAUCGCAUCCAUCUGCAGAUCUGGGACACAGCCGGGCAGGAACGCUUUCGCUCGCUGACGACCGCCUUCUACAGGGAUGCAAUGGGCUUUCUGCUCAUCUUCGAUCUGACCAGCCAAAAGUCGUUCCUCGAGAUCACCAACUGGCUGGAGCAGCUGCGCAUGCACGCCUACACCGAGGAUCCCGACGUUGUGCUCUGCGGCAACAAGUGCGAUCUCCUCAAGCUUCGCGUCGUCUCCCGGGAGCAGGUGGCUGCGUUGGCGCAACGCUAUCACCUGCCGUACAUUGAGACAAGCGCCUGCACCGGAGCGAAUAUACAACAGGCUGUGGAGCUGCUCGUCGGUCGUGUCAUGGAGCGCAUCGAGAAUGCUGUCUGCAAUCGGGACUUUUCUUUGUUGAUGGCGCAAUCGCGUCGCCUGCCCAAUAUUGCUUAUGGUCCCGAUUUGGUGCGUCUCCAUCAGCCACAGAAUAACGGCAACAAUAAUAAUGCAACGCGUCGCAAUUGCAACUGCUAAGCUAAG